GAGAGAGAGAGAGAGAGAGAGAGAGAGAGCGCUUCAGACCCCGAAAGCCACCGCUCUUGCCCCUGUAAGGCUCCUUCACUCUCACUCCUCGUUUCAUUUUCUCUGGUAUAUUUCUUCUUCUUUUCUGCAAAAAGUUUUGAGUCUUUGAUUUGCUUUUGUGGGUUGGGUUUUGACUUUUUAGUGGAAUUGCCUUCUGUUUUGAGACUUUUGGCUUUUUGGGUCCUGGAUUUUGGAGCUGAAAUCAGCCCAAGUUUUCUGCUUUUGGGAAAUGAGAGGGUAGAAAGUCAACUGAAAAGUUUGGAUGAGCUUUUACUGAACAAGGAAGUUGAACGGCAGCACUAGUAUAUCAUUUUGCGGAUGCUUUGUUUUCAUAGAAAAAAUGAAUGGAGGAUGUAAAUGUAUGCUCUUUCAGAUAUCUCCCGGAUUUUGGUUUAUUUUCAGAGGCACUAAUUGAAUGAAAUUUUAGCUGCAGCAUGAAGCAAACUUAUUUUAUGAUUUGGAUGAGUUGGGAAUUGAGAAAGUUUAGCUGCAAUAUCGAACUUAUCCACUUGAUGAUUUUAUGGGCUUUGGUUGACUGAAUCCCUGAAAGAUCAUUAAGCAUUUUCACAGUUGUUGUGUUCUGAACUUCUGAGAUAUAGUGCAAAAACAUUUUUCUGCUUCUUCUUAUAAGUUGUGUAUUUUAAAAAUGUGUUUCUGGAUAAGUAAUGUGCGCUCGCUAGUUCAAAUUUGAUCUCUUCCGAUUAUAUUUUUCACGGGGUUGAAUCAAGCCAAGUUUUUUGUUCCGGAGUAAUUGUAGAGCAUAUGUGUAUUGGCUUGAUGCUCUUUAUUUUCGCCAAGUAUUAAGUCUUUGGUGGUCGUACUGUUGUUAUAUGAGUUUAACAGAAUCAAUAGGUUCCCCCCUUUUUAUUAUAUUUUUGUUUUCAAGUCUUUAUAGUUCAACGAGUUGGAAAUCCAUCUUAAGCACUUGAGAACUGCCUUUUAUAGAGUCUUUAAUCUUUCUGCUGUUUAUAACUAAGAGGACAAGGAGUUUCCUGGUAUACUUGCAGUCACUCAUAAGUUUUUUCACAGAAUCCUAUAUCGUCAUACGGCAUGUGAGAAUCUAAAAGUGCCUAUAAUUGUGUAAGAAACCGAAAUCUUUGUGACAUUAUGCAUGUCUGGCCCUGCGGCCAUUGGCGAUAAAGCGGCAGAAGCACGAUUGUUUACAGAGAGAACAAAGUCUCUUGAGGUCAUUUCCAAAGAAGACAGAGAAUCCAUAAUAAAUAAUGGUGAAAUUGCUGAUACUUCUGAAAUUGCAGCCUUUAGAGUCAGGGAGCUAUUACUUCCGAAUAGGGAGUCCUAUUCUGGACCCGUGCUUGGAAACAUCCCUGAAGGGAAGGGAAAAUAUGUCUGGUCAGAUGGCUGCAUAUAUGAGGGUGAAUGGAGACGGGGGAUGAGACAUGGGAAUGGAAAAAUUAUUUGGUCUUCUGGUGGUGUUUAUGAGGGCGAAUUUUUAGGUGGAUAUAUGCAUGGAACAGGGACCUACAUUGGGUCGGAUAAGAUGACUUAUAAGGGGCGAUGGCGGUUGAAUCUCAAACAUGGUUUGGGAUAUCAAGUCUAUCCUAGUGGAGAUGCCUUUGAAGGUUCUUGGAUGCAGGGGUUGGCAGAAGGGCCUGGCAAGUAUACGUGGGUAAAUGGAAAUGUUUAUCUAGGAAAUAUGAAAGGAGGGAAAAUGUCAGGGAAAGGAACUCUCACAUGGACCAAUGGGGACUCAUUUGAAGGAAGCUGGUUGAAUGGCAUGAUGCAUGGAUUUGGAGUAUACACGUGGAGCGAUGGAGGCAUCUAUGUUGGAACUUGGACCCGCGGUUUAAAAGAUGGGAAAGGGUCAUUUUAUCCAAAAGGCAGCAGACUUCCAGUAGUAGAAGAACUUUACAUGAACGCUUUGAGGAGACGAGGGCUCUUGCCAGAUUUAAGAAAACAGAACAACGCACAUAUCCAUAAUGCUGGUUCAGGGGAUAUAGGAAAUGUGAAGAUUGGAGAGAGCCUGCAGGGAUCUCAUCGUGCUUCAGCCGAUAAAAUCUCUAAUAGAAAUCUGUUAAAUUUGGAGCAGUCACAUAGAAAUGUUUCCUUGGAAAGGCGUUGGAGUAUGGAGGUAUCUUUCGAAAAAGUUAUUGGCCAUGAUCUAUCAUUAGCUGAGGGUGGAGAAAAAGAUUCUGAGACAGGAAUUCCAAUCUUAGAACGAGAAUAUAUGCAGGGUGUCUUAAUCAGUGAGCUAGUAAUGAAUAACAGCUUUUCUUCGUCAUCUAGAAGGGCAAAACGGCGACAAAAGAAGCUAGCAAAAGUGGUGAAGAGACCUGGUGAAGCGAUCAUUAAAGGUCAUAGGAGCUAUGAUCUAAUGCUCAGUUUGCAGCUGGGUAUCAGGUAUACUGUUGGGAAGAUAACACCAAUACAAAGGAGAGAAGUCCGGGCAUCAGAUUUUGGGCCUCGAGCAAGUUUUUGGAUGAAUUUUCCUAAAGAAGGCUCCCAAUUGACACCGCCUCAUCAAUCAGUAGAUUUUAGGUGGAAAGACUAUUGCCCCAUGGUCUUUAGGAAUUUGAGGGAGAUGUUCAAGAUUGAUGCUGCUGACUACAUGAUGUCUAUUUGUGGAAAUGAUGCUCUCAGAGAACUUUCUUCUCCCGGAAAAAGUGGUAGUGUGUUUUUCCUAUCUCAAGAUGACCGUUUCAUGAUUAAGACACUCAGGAAAUCUGAAGUUCAGGUUCUUCUGCGGAUGCUUCCUAGUUAUCAUCAUCAUGUAAGGUCGUAUGAGAACACCCUCAUCACAAAAUUCUUUGGACUUCAUAGGAUUAAACCUUCAAGUGGUCAAAAGUUCCGCUUUGUAGUGAUGGGAAACAUGUUCUGCACAGAGCUAAGAAUACAUCGAAGAUUUGAUUUGAAAGGUUCAUCCCUUGGUCGUUCUGCUGAUAAGAUUGAAAUCGACGAAAACACAACGCUCAAGGACUUGGAUUUAACCUACUCUUUUUAUCUCGAACCUUCUUGGCGAGAGGCCUUAAUGACUCAGAGUGAGAUCGACAGUAAAUUUCUGGAGGCGCAGCACAUUAUGGACUACAGCCUUCUCAUGGGAGUGCAUUAUCGAGCCCCCCAACAUCUGCGGUCUAUCACGUCCUACAAUAAUACCACUCGAGCUGAUGGUUUGGGAAUCCUUGCAGAGGAAGAGACUCUGGAGGACGAGAUCUCCAAUUACCCACAGGGACUUGUCUUAAUCCCACGUGGAAGCAACGACGCUAGUGUUGUUGUUGGCCCUCAUGUGAGAGGUAGCCGACUGAGAGCAUCAUCUGCCGGUUAUGAGGAAGUCGAUCUCCUAUUACCCGGUACAGCAAGGCUCCAAAUCCAGCUGGGUGUGAACAUGCCAGCAAGGGCAGAGCAGGUUCCCGGCGAACAGGGAGACCAGCAAACAUUUCAUGAAGUAUACGACGUUGUGCUAUAUCUUGGGAUCAUUGAUAUAUUGCAAGACUACAGCAUGGGAAAGAAGAUUGAACACGCGUACAAAUCUCUUCAAUUCGAUUCCUUGUCCAUCUCCGCUGUGGACCCGACAUUCUAUUCCCGGCGCUUCUUGGAAUUCAUCCGGAAGGUCUUCCCUCCAAAUGCCUUAACAAGGUAAGAUUUGGUGUCCAGUGCAGAAAGAACCUCAUCUGAGGGUACUUUUGAUAAGGCCUGCGGUUUGCAUCCCUCAAGGACCGUUUGCAAAAGCAUCCGGAGAAGGAGCAUCAUCGGCUAUGCCAGCAUUGAGCAGCAGCUGGGUUGAACAUCGUAAUGAUUUGGUGACAGAUUUGAAUUUGUUUCUCCCUCCCUCUGGUUUUGCUACUUUUGGAGCGCCUGCUGCUUACUUACAUGUACCUAUAUCCAUUUUUCCGAUCAAUGUACUGUGUUUAAUCGAUCAGAGACAUCCAAACCAUCUUUUUUUUCUUUUUCUUUUUUUUUUUGUACAAACGAGCCGUUACAAAUGAUUAUAAAUUUGGAAAUGAUUUCCGUACUCU